AUGAAAGGCCGUGGGCAGCGGUGCGUUCUUAUGUCGGCGUACAAAAAGGCUGGAGAGCCGUGCAAGCGUUAUUCGGAGCGGUCAACUUGACGACGUAACAAUGAGAGGAUUCGCACUUUGCCUUCUUGUGAUAAUUGCAGCUGACGCUGUUAGAUCACAAGGACCGCCCACUAAGACAAGGAAGGGGAGUCGUCCGUCACGGAGAGGAGAUAACCCGGAUUGGGGACUUCCGUCUGGAAAGGAUGUACCCGAUGGUCGCCGAUACGGUGCUCCUGUCGCCAUGCCACCUCCAAAGAGAACCCCUGUUUAUCCCCCGGCAAAACCAGUGGUAGGACGCCCUGGUGAUAAUACUGACCGCGGACUCCCAUCAGGAGCUGACGUUCCUGACAACCGAGCUCGUACCCGAUCCGGCCCCCCGCCACCAAACAGGAAAACAUACGCUCCCCCAGCCCCAGUUGUUGCACAGCCUCCGCGCAAAUCGUACGGACCACCCCCACCAUACAGGAGGCCAGCUGGUCGCCCUGGUGACAACACUGACGUUGGAUUACCUUCUGGUGCAGAUGUCCCCGACAACAGGGCCCGCACGAAGUCCGGCCCUCCACCGACGUACAGGGUGUUCCCCGCUGCCACGAAGGCACCAGUGUAUGUGCCCCCACCAGUACCAAUGAACGCGUAUGUGCCUCCACCCGUCCCAGUGAACGCAUAUGUGCCCCCGGCAUUCCCCACGUUGUCAUGCAACGCGCUGUGUGAUCUUCGCCCCGAGUACAAGCCAGUGUGCGACGUGAAUGGGGAUCAGUAUGAUAAUGAUUGUUACAGAACUUGCGCUGGCGUGGCAAGAGCUUGUGAGAACUCGUGUCCAUGUAAUGGCCCAGCCCCUGUGGAUCCGUACUUCCCACCUGUGCCCGCAGUAAGCGCGUGUGAGGCACAGUGUAGUGGUCAGGAAUAUGACCCUGUCUGUGUGGAUGGAGAGGAAGUGCUUAAAAACGAAUGCGUCGCCAUAUGCGAGGGAGCGAGCCACUGGUGCGGCGGGACCUGUCCGUGCUCGAAGUAAAAGAAAAAAGAAAUGAGAAGCAAAACCAUGUAUAUAUGAGAUCGUCCGACAUGGGGAGACCACGCUACAGAUAUUCGUCUCACGUUCGGUUAUCAGAACAUUCGAACAGAAAUGAUUGUAGAAAUGACUUCCCGAUACCGACUGUAAAAUGCUUUAAAGUAAUAGCGUAAUUUUGUUACUUUUUGGAAAAAUAAAUCAUAUAACAACA